AUCUCGGGGAAAAAGCAGGCGGUUGCUAAUAAAGAACGGGAAUCAGUGUGUUAUUUGUCCAAGCGAAGCGCUUAAAUUUAUUAACGCUUUAAAUCCGUUUCUGUAUUCAGGUCACCUAGGGGGGCGGGGGGGGACAUACCGUGUCGAACGCUGCGGAGCGGUGUACUCAGGACCAGUAGAUGGAAGAGAGUUUAAAGACUGAACUGGGACCAAAUCUGUGGCAUUGAUCACAGCAAUUACUGAAAGAUCGUGAAAUGAUCGCCCUGGCUCAUUCUGUGCCGAACAAUGAAUCGGACUUGAAAUUCACCCCUUAUCUUGCCCUGUGAAUUGUUCCUAAUUCAGUUUCACCUGAACUGAUCUCUUUAUCAUGGCUAUGUUUAAGAUUGCAGAAACUGAGGACUUCUUGAACAAGCAGUGUGACGUAGUCAUCCCAGAUACCAUGCCAGGUGAGGAGUAUAUGGACACGCACAUCCAAGAGGAUACAAGCAGCAAGUUCAAGUGCGAACAAUGUGGGCGGUGCUACAGGCAUGCGGGCAGCCUGGCUAACCACAAGAAAACGCAUGAGGUGGGCUCCUUCCAUUGCCCAGUGUGUGCUAGGGUGCUUUCCAAUGCUCUGGCUUUGAAGAACCAUGUCCGCAUUCAUACAAGUAGCAAAAAUUUCUCUUGUUCUGAAUGUGGCAAAGCUUUUCGGCUGGCCACUCAGCUUGCCACUCACCAUAAAGUUCACACAUCCAAGAGAUCUAGCAGAGAAUCUCCUCAAAAGGUCAAGCGCGCAGCCAAAUUGCCUCAGGAGAAUGGAGAAAUGCCAGACUCCAGUAAGCAGAAUUUCAACAGCAUGGAAGAUCCGGACAUGGAGUUUGAUAGCAUCUACGCAAGUACCAUAAUGAAUGGUGACAUGAAUAAACUGGGUAACUCUGACAAUUCUGCAGAGAAACCGUUUGAUGGCAGUGAUUCCGUGGACAGACCGUUCAAAUGUGACCAAUGUGACAAGACAUACAGGCACCACGGCAGCCUUAUCAACCACAAGAAAUCCCACCAGCUUGGGGCCUUUGAAUGUCCUGUCUGUUACAAGCAGUUCAACAAUCUGGCUGCACUUACCAGCCACCAGCGCACGCACACCAAAUCCAAGUUUCGAACUAGCACGUUGGGUGUAGGAGUUUCUCCCCAGGCUGUACCCGACCUGACCGUUUCUUCAUCCCAAAAUGAAAAUGCAGCUACCUGCUACUGCCACCUCUGUGAAGUAGUUUUCCCCAACAGCAGCAGCUUUCAGGACCACAUCUUAUUGCAUAACGCAGCUUCUUCGGCGGGUGAAGUUCCGGAAAGUUUCUCGGACUCAGAUUACAGUUUAUUCUUAGGCUCUCAGACUCGCUCUUGUCCUUCACCUACAUUACUUCCCAAACAGGAAAUGGGAGAUCAGACUCCUGGGUCUACAGUCACUAGGCAAAAGUAUACCUGUGCAUACUGUGGAGAAGGAUACACUGACCUAGAAAGCCUUAAAGAUCACUACUUGUCUCAUAACUCAUUAUCAACUUCAAACUGUCAAACUGAGCCUUCAGUCUUGGACCCUAAGCAUCUUAACAAUGGCUCAGAGUCACACACGGCGAUACCGUCGUUUACCAAAGAAGCGAAAGAGACGGAGGGCUCAUCUGGAAAUGCGAAAGAGCGUCGAUUCACGUGCCAGAUUUGCGGGAAGAGCUAUCGACACGCAGGUAGCCUGAUCAACCACAAGCGCACCCACCAGACAGGUCAGUACCAGUGUUCCAUCUGUUGCAAACACUACCCGCAUCUGGCAGCCCUACACAGCCACUUGCGCAGCCACAAGGCUCGGCCACCUUGUCUGCCCGUCAGCACAGAAGGGGACUGGCUCUCCCCAGAGCCUCUAACACUUGAGGUUCAGCAGAAUUGCUUUAAUUCCCAGGACCAUGAAAGCGAUGAGGUCUCUAAGCACUCUAUCCUUGACGAUUUUGAAGGUACUUCACACUGUGUUUCUGACGGCAGCCAUACCGAUGGCCUAGAUGAGUUUCACGAGCAGUUUAAUUCCCAUUCUCGAGACAGAUCAGAAUUCACACCUUUGCAUCAGAGUGAUCACCCUGUGGAGAGACACAUGUGUGCGGAUUGCGGUGAAACAUAUGCAGACAUUGCCGGAAUCAAAGCGCACUUGUGCCCUCAGCGGUGCCAAAACCACGACUCUUUAACAAAUGGUUUAUUAGUAAACCUUGAUUUCCAAGAGUUGGGAGAUGUGUUUCUGCUGGAAGAUGAGGGGAGCGUUAAAGGACCUAGGAGAAACUAUGAUGGGCAAGCCCAUAUGAGCUUCAGAAGUUCUGAUAGUGAGGCAAAUCAAGAUGGAAAGAAUUAUGAUACGGAAGAGGAAGAUGGAGAGGUGUAUCAGUGUUCAGUGUGCGGGAAUCAUUACACAAGCCUCCAGGCACUGAGAAGUCAUUUGCGCAGUAACGCUCAUUCCCAAGGCACGCCUAAUACAGAUCUUUCCUCCUUAUCCUCCACAGAGGAGGAAACCUGGAGAAAGACCCAAGAAGUGGACGGCAGUCUGACUAUCUGUAGCACAUGUGGAGAGAGCUUUUCCAGGGAGAGUGACCUCCAGGCACAUCAGCUUCUGCACGGACAAGACGUGGCAGCAGAGAGCAAGAGAGAUGAUGACUACAGCACAGUUGGUAAAAUGGAAGGAAAGAGUACAAUAUGUGGAAACUGUGGUAUGUUUUGCACAAACUACAACCAGCUAGAGGCUCAUCAGUGUGUCACAAGCAAGGGGGACAAAGGGCAAAAGCUAAAUUGGAAAGAACAAGGAACGAAUGAAGAAAAACUCGAGAAAGGUGCGGACUGCGGUGGUCGCGGAGGCUUCCAGCAAAGACCCGACUCGGAGGAUCGUCCUCACCGCUGCGAUCAGUGUGGUCGAAGCUACAGGCAUCCUAGCUCCCUUCUCAACCACAAGAAAUCCCACAAAACCGGAGUCUUCCGCUGCUUUGUUUGUCAGAAGCGCUUCUAUAAUCUGCUUGCCCUCAAGAGCCAUCAUAGGAGUCAUUUUGACCUGAAGAGGCACAAGUGUGAGCAGUGCGGCAAAGCCUUCAAGAUCCAGAAACAACUGGUGAACCAUCUAAAAAUCCACGAAAAAAAACGGACAAGAGGGCGCGGGGCUAAUCAGCAGCUUCAGAACUUUGCGCAAAUUGAUGGGAGCGAGAAUGGACAGAGCUUGAAUAUGUUGGCCAAAAGCAGAACGGGACGCAGCCAGACCUCUGCAAUGUGCAGCAAAUGCGGGAAAAUUCACAGCUGGAACAAGCCCUGCCCUAACAAGGAUGCCCACCAGAAAGUGCAAAAUGAGGGUGCGUUCAAAAAUAAGAUUAGACUCUUUGCGUGUGAUCAGUGUGCUCAUUCUUACUGCCACGCAAGGAGCCUGGCAAACCACAAGAAGAUACAUCACGCAUCAGUUUCAAACCCAGGUUCUCCAAAGAGUCGUUUGAAUGGUGCGAGUAACCAAAAGAGCAGCGCCGUGCAUGUGUCGCCCCAAACGGACGAGCGUCCCUUUGUUUGCGAUAUUUGUAAUCGGACCUACAGACACGCAGGGAGCCUCCUAAAUCAUAAAAACACGCACAAGACGGGCAACUUCAGCUGCUCCUUCUGCUCUAAGCCUUUCUACAAUGCCAUGGCUUUGCGCAACCACACUCGUAUUCACACGCAGAAGAAGAAGCAUAUCUGCAACACCUGUGGCAAAGCCUUCAGACUGGCAAGCAUACUUCUCAAUCACCAAAAGGUUCAUAUGCAGAGGAAUGUGGAUUUCAGCUGUCCCACAUGCGGCAAGAGUUACAUGGGGAAGUCUGGGCUCAAGAGGCAUCGUUGCGGAAAAAACCAAGAGCGCAUCUCCAAAGGGGUCAAAAAUGACGUGAAGGCGGGAGAGGGAAGAGAGAACCGCUUCACGUGUGAGCAGUGUGGUCGCUCCUACCGCCAUGCAAGUUCUCUGCUUAACCACAAGAACACUCAUACCACAGGCAUUUACCACUGUGUAUUGUGCCUCAAGACCUUCUCCAAUCUGCUGGCGCUGAAAAACCACCGGCGGAUCCACUCCGAAACCCGGCGUCACAGCUGUCCGGACUGCAAUAAGACGUUCCGAGUGUCCUCGCAGCUGCGCAGCCACCGUCGCGUGCACGUGAAGGAACGAGAGCUCGCCUGCAUCCCCUGCCAGCGCAGCUUCCCCAGCCGCGUCAGUUUCAGGAGGCACCAGGAACUGCACAGCCAGGCCCAGCAACUGCCACUACAGGAUGUGUUGGGAGAAGAGUUGGACUGGGGGUGUGGACCAGAUCUCAUUCUGUCCGCUCCAGGGCAGGGUUCUGACGGAGAACCCAGGCUAGCUGCGCACUCUUCGUGCGCCUCAAGCAGGCUGCCGCAGCUGCCGUUGCAGCAGGAGAGCUUUGUGGAAGCAGUCCACAAGAUGCACGUUUGUGAGCACUGUGGCCGCGCCUACCGCCACGCCAGCUCCCUUCUAAACCACAAAAACAGCCACAAAGUGGGCUCCUUUGUCUGCUCCACCUGUCAGAAGGAGUUCUCCAAUCUCAUGGCCCUGAAGAACCACAGGCGCAUUCACACCGAGCCGAAGCGCUACGUGUGUUCCGACUGCGGGAAAGCGUUCCGCGUGUCCACCCAGCUAAUUUGCCAUCAGCGUGUCCACACCAAGGAGAAGCCCUUCCCCUGCCCGUACUGCGGCAAAAGCUUCUCCAGCAAGUCCAAUCUGCGGCACCACCAGAAGGUGCACCAAAACACAUUGGAGGCCCCUUUAGACAUGGGCACCAGUGCCUUUUUGGGCCUCGGUAUAGACUCCUACCUCUGAAUCUGGCUUGAUGGACAGGGUGGUUUCCGACAACUUGUAGAUGAAGAUGACACUUUUCUUUCCUAGUCUGCACCUCACAUAGUCCUCUACUACUUACAGUUCUGCAAGGUUUUUUCAGGCUAUGAAGAAAUGUGUUGCAGUAUAGAUUCAGGUCUUUUCAAAUCUGCCUCAAAUACAACCACAAGCAUGGUAUGUUCAUAAGAAGGGCUAACACUUUGAGACUAAGGAUGCUGGCUUCAGUUUGCCAGUUGACAUCUCAGGUUUAAAUUAUGCCUGCCCGACCCAGUCUGUUAGCUGGUUUUUUUUUUUUUUUUUUCUCCUUCCUCCCCCCCCCCAGUGGCCACCAUAGAGACCAACAAAGGAACUAACGUGUGUAGUUUUGCACCCUUUAUUUCUCCUCUUUUUGCACCUAAGCCAAUCGAGUUUGAUAUCAAAUAAUUAACAAUGUAGAAAGCCCCCACAAAUUGGUGUCUGACAAACAAGCAAUAAAGAGGGUGAGGAAAGCAAAUGGGAAGCUCUAGUCCUUUAAGUAAAAAAUGGGCAUAAAAGUACCGAUGUAAAAUAUUUUGCCAAGUUAAAAUAAUGCCUUUAGCAUCAUUUACAUAAAAUACUGACAUACACAUAUAGAUACUUGAAUCUUGGACUAUUGACUUUGUAGCGUUGUGUAUUUUAUUACUUACGUUAAAUAAGGCUGCCACAGGUGCGUAACACUUUUAAAUAUUUUUUUUAAUCUCCCACAUUACUGCAAUAUAUAGUUUGUAUUAAAAUUUGCCAUAAAACAUGUAAUUUGUGGAUUAUGAAAAUUCAAAAGCUUGCUCUUGAUGAAUUUAAGUUAGCAGUUGGACAAAUUAAAGAUAUCCUAUUAAAUAUUAAUUAGUGAUAGUACAGUGCCAGUUGCUGUGUCCCGUGCUUUGAAAUGUGGUAAUCAUCGAUGGUGGCGAACUCCUUGGCUGCUUAUGAAUAUUUGUGCGUGUAAACGGAGAAUUCUGCUCAGAGUCCUCUCUGCUUAUUGUCAAGAUUUAGUUUGCUUUACACAUUUCCUCGACACAAACAGCCACGUAGAGACAAUCGUUUGUUAAAACUAGCUGAUGAGGUUCUCCUGACAUUCAGUAUUUACCCUGGCUGAAAUAGCAGAGAAUGUUUUGUAAGUCAGGGGGUGUGUGUGUGUGUGUGUGUGUGUGUGUGUGUGUGUAUACAGUAUAUAUAUGUAAUUUGCCAUAAUUUAAAAUGAAUACACUCUGCUGGCUACUGUAAGAUUACCUACAUCUCAUAUGGAAAUUAUAGCCCACAUAAUUAUGGCUGUCAGUCCAUCGGUGACUUUUUUUGGAUUGAAGCUUUGAAGUUUUACCGCACCGUAUCAGCAGCACUCACCUGGCCACCUGUUUGCUGAUGUAGGACUUCCGUGGCUCCAGUCGCGGUCACGGCGUUCAUACAGGCAGCUUCUAACCGCGUGAAACAGUCUGGUUUUUCAUGCAUCGUAUGCACAUAACAUAGUUUGCGUAAUAUACACUGCGGAGGAAUUCUUUUGUCAGGGAUGGUCUGAAUAUUCUUAAAAUGAUUGCUUGUUGUUUAAAUUAAAUGACCAGCAAUUGCAGACAGAUUGUUACGAUCCUCAAGCUCGGAAAAUAAAUCAGUAUGGAUUUAAAACCAAGAACUGUAUAACAGGAAGAUGAGUAGCUCUUAGAAAGUAAAUACAUCUGCUCUAGUAAUUAUUUUAUUCAGCGGAACUUAAAAUUGCUGAUGGCUUUGUGAAAGACGAGUGUUGUGUACUUUAAAUUUGACGUAUUUACUAGUAGUUCUUGAGGGUUUUUCUUUUUUUUUUUUUUUUCCUUCUUACUCCAUUUUAUGAUUAGUCUGACAUUCCUUAGAGACUGGACCACAUUGCUUUUCUCUUUUUAAUGUUUUUUUUUUUUUUUUUUUUUUAAAAAAUAUGUUGAUUUUGACUCAGCUUAGACUCAUCUUGCACACUGGUGUCUGAGAACAACGUAUUCUGGAUACAACUGGGAGAUCUAUUGUUCCCACACUGCACGACAUGUUUAAUUUGAAACAUUUCAAUGUAUGACACUGACUGCUGAACGCAAUGUUUCAUUGUGUUCUCUGUGUCCCCGUGCAGAACACUCCUAAACCGCGGUAAUAUGUUACAGGACAUGAAGCACUGUAUCAACUAGGUAAAAUGCUAAGAUAAUCAGAUCUGGAGUUGUGAACUAAAUAUAAUUUACAUCUCUCAUAUUACCUAGGUUAUAUGGCCGGUUUUCAAAAGUUCUAGGAAGUUUGUCAAAGAUAGAAACUCCUCAUUUCAAGUGUCACUGCCGUAUAUAUAAAAAAAGAAAAAAAAAAACCU